AAUAACGACUGUCUGCGGCAGCAUCCACUUGGCACUGGGCUCGACACGAACAGCGAGUCAUGUAUUGACUUAGCGGAGCAGCAUUCAAAUGCCACUUUCACCCACCUACGUCGAGGCUCUCAGUUCAUCCCACGGUAGAGUGACCGAUGAAAACAGCGCUGGCGCAGCACAGCUCAUUGAUCAGACGAUGAACAUCAGACAGCACAUCCCUUCUUGUGAACUCCUCUCUCGAGUUCGAAGUAUCGGCAUUGUGGAUGGUUCAGCAGGACAGCAGGUUCAGGACAGCCCAAUCGAUGCUGCCCAGGCAAGCGGCAGUGACCCUCCUUCUAGAGCGAAUAGAGAAAGGCCACAGUCUGAAUGGUCUUGCCGAGGCCCAUCUCAUCGGCUAGAAUGGUGUCGAUUGCCUGUCGAGGCUCUUCAGAGUGACCGAUGAAAACAGCGCUGGCGCAGCACAGCUCAUUGAUCAGACGAUGAACAUCAGACAGCACAUCCCUUCUUGUGAACUCCUCUCUCGAGUUCGAAGUAUCGGCAUUGUGGAUGGUUCAGCAGGACAGCAGGUUCAGGACAGCCCAAUAGAUGCUGCCCAGGCAAGCGGCAGUGACCCUCCUUCUAGAGCGAAUAGAGAAAGGCCACAGUC